AUGGCUACCUCCUUGCCCACCGAGGACCGCCCCGAAGAGGCUCCCACCGCAACCACACAGGAAUCUCAGCCCGCGCCACAAACCAACGUCGCACCAGCACCUGCACCUGCAUCUGAACCCGCACCAGUACUAGCACAAUCGCAGAAAGCGGCUGCAGAUGACGACGAAGACUCGGAAUUCGAUGAGCUAGAUGACGUCCUCGAUGACUUCAACAAACCCAAACCCGCCCCUCCUGCAAACCCACCCGCACCCUCUGCCAUCACCAACUCGGAUCCCUCACCCACAGACUUCGACGAAGAUGCCUUCCUCAAGCAACUCGAACAAGAGAUGGCGAGCAUGAUGGGACCAGGCGCGGCCGCCGGGAGCAGCUUAGAUCCCAACUUCCAAGCAACUGUCGACCAAGGCGCUGAUGUAUUUGCUAAACAGCUCGAAGAGAGCGGGAUCCCGCCAGGUGAUUUCCUCAAGCAGCUCCUCGCCGACGUGAUGGCCGAGGAGGGCGGUUCUGGAGCUGGAGCUUCGGCAGAGACUUUUGCGGCAGCUGCAGCCGCGGCUGGCAUCGCUGCUCCUGGCACUCAGAGCUCCUCUGGUACGGCAACUGCAGGCACAGGCGUAGGCGCAGAGCAAGCCGCCGACUCGUUCAACGACGCUAUCAAGCGCACAAUGGGCCGCAUGAAGGAAAGUGGUGAUAAAGCUACCGCCGCGGUAAGUAAUGAAGACGAUAUUUCAGAUGAUAUGCUAGCACAGCUGCUUAAGGCGGUUGAGGCGGGGGCAUCGGGUGCUGGCGAAGACGGAGACCUGUCGAAAAUGUUCCUGGGUAUGAUGGAGCAGCUGUCCAACAAGGAGAUGCUGUAUGAGCCGAUGAAGGAAUUGGACGUCAAGUUCGGGCCGUGGAUUGAGAAGAAUAAAAACAGUGGCAAGGUUUCGGCUGAGGAUAUGGAGCGGUUUGAGACGCAGGCGCGGGUUGUCAAGCAGAUUGUGGGGAAGUUUGAGGAGAAGGGGUUCUCGGAUGAUGAUCCCAAGUGUCGAGAGUAUGUGUGGGAGAAAAUGCAAGAGAUGCAAGCGGCGGGAAGCCCGCCUGAUGAACUAGUUUCGAAUCCCCUCAUGGAGGACUUGGGAGGUGCGAUGGGUGGAGCUGGCGGAGUGCCUGAUUGCCCACAGCAGUGA